AUGUACUUUGAUGACAUUUCCACCCGGUUAAGACCUUUGGAAGACUUCAAAGUAGGCAACCCUUCGAAGAACAUAUACCAGCCAAGCAUAUAUACCCAACUCUCAACCUUCUCUAAAUCAUCAUUUUUUGCAUUAGAUGAACUUCAUUUAAUUGCAAGAGGGAUUGGAAAGCUUGUGUAUGACCUGAUUACUGUCACCCUCACAAAGGAAACCAAAUUUUAUUAUACCCAUCCAGACAAUACCCUCAAUACCACCGAAUACCCUUUUCAUAUACCAAGAGCAGACCUUGUAACAAUCGGAAACUGUAUCACCAGCUCACGAAAAUAUAUACCCACCUCAUUUCAAGGCAGUUUCGACAACGUAUUUGCCAAGAUCGAUGGUACUCGCGCAGUGGACUGGCUUGACUUUCUCUUAUACCUUAUCCCCACUUUGGUCGUGCCUUAUUUACCAAAUAGGGCUGUUAAAACAGCUCUAUUAUCUCUCGUGAAAGGAUUGCUUGAUGAGAUGGAGUCAUACUUCAAGCACUGGCACUCGUUUUUAUACCAACAAGUCCAGAAUAAUACCCUGUCUCGUAGUGUUUUCCGACCAGUGCAACAUUACCUGGUCCAUAUACCCUAUAUCAUCAAGCAGCAAGGCCCCCUGCGAUGCUACUCUACUCGCUCAAUGGAGAGAGUAAUUGGCAUCUUCUCGAAAUUGAUAAAGUCCAAAUCAAAGGGUGGCCGAAACGCCAGUUUUCUUGUCGAGCGAUUUGCAAUUCACAAUUAUACCAGCACGGCAAUCAGCAUCUGUGAUGAAAUCAACCUCAUUCGGCCAAAGCCAUAUGGAAGAGAGAGCUACAUGGACCUUCCUAAUGAUCCUAGUGGUGCGCAGUUGUGGGAGCUGUUUCAUCAGUUUGUUAGUUUGAACGAUGAUUCGGUAGAAGGUGUAGGCGGCCCUAGUGUGAAGCACUGCAAAAGGAGGGGGGAUCCAGUCGAAUUUUAUUUUUUGAAUUUUGGCAAAAUUUGGAAAAAUAUUUCAAACACCAUCGUUUUUCAAUAUAUUUUUUUCUUGAGAUAUGAAUUCGCAAUUUUUUCUGAUUAUAUUAAAUAA